UGUUAAUAAAUAUACUGAUGGCCGAACAUAUCCCACAAGAGAGAGCCCUUACAGAGGAGGAAAGACAAAAAUACGACCGAGCAGGAUUUAUUGGGCACCAAGUCCAAAAAAGGUAAUACUGCCAAGUGUUAUAAUAGACUAUUAGCCUCCAACAUAUUAAUUGUAAAUAUGACAGGGAGCAACACAGAAUUAGCCAAAAAUCUCAUAUUAGCAGGUGCCAAUAUCACCAUUGUGGACAACGAGAUAAUCAAUGAAAGGGACACUGAUACCAAUUUCAUUUUUACAAAAUAAUUAUUAGGAUAAAAAGUACUCUAUUUAUUAGACAUCAUUUUAGAGGGGUUAAAUAGCUCAAGAAGAACUCAAGUUGAUAAAUCCUUUGGUAAAAAUAGAUUGGCUCCAGGAAUUCCCAAGUCCAGACAAACUCAUUAGACACAAUGGAAUAGUCACAUCCACCACAGAUUUUGAAGAAAUGAUCAAGUAUGACAAAUUGUCAAGGGAAAUCAAUAUCCCUUAUUACAAUCUAGUGUGUUGUGGAUACUAUGGGUUUAUGUAUAUAGGUUUGGGCUCCAAAUUCACAUAUGAAAGAGAGAAAAAAGUGGUUAUGCAGAUUGUGUUUGGGAAGAAAUUGCAAGAGUAGGAUAGGUACAGAGAAUUUGAAGAAGUCAUUGCUCAUUCUGUUUCAUUAGAGGAGACAUUGAAUUACAAUUACAAACCUUAAGGAAUGUUGACCAACACCAUUUAUUAUUGUCUUUUGAUGAUGAAAAAAGCACAAGAAAUUCCAGAGUUGAAAGCAUAUGAUCCCUACCAACCAAAUGACGAGUUAUUGGACAAAUUCACCUAAAUUGGCAAGGACAUCUAUAAGGCUGCAAACGGCAAGGAUGCUACUGAAGAAUAAGCAAAUACAUUCAGGGAUUUUGCAAGACUUUAUGGAGUUGACUAUUGUCCAGUGUAUUCUGUUGUAGGUAGUGUGGCUUCAUAGGAAUUAAUAAUUUCAACUAGUAGAAUUAACGAGCCAGCUCUGAAUUGGUUUUGCUAUGAUAGUGUGUAAUCAUAUGGUUAAGUGGAGGUGAUUUAGGAUGUGUCAUCCUUCCAAAUUAGGGAUUUACCAGAGAGAAAACAAUUAAUUCCCAAAGAAUGA